AUGGAAAUUCUGUGUAAAUAAGAAUAUUGUAAUUACUUGGCAACAGAUCAUUUUGAAUAAGUUAAAAGUGAUCAUCAGUGCCGGCGAUGUCAUGAUGGUACUGCGUAUGUAUGUUGACAUUGUGUGUGUGUGUCUGUGAGCAUGUCAAUGCGUGCGUGAGAGAGCGAGAUGGAGAGAGGGAGUUCAUUUAAGCCAUGCGUGUGGGCAUGUGUGGGCUCUCUCUAAGCGUGUAUCUGUUCUCAUGACCCUACCCAGCCCACACAUGACAGUUGCCUCCUCCAACUGAAAGAAAGUGUGAGCUUCAGCAUGUUGCAUUGACCACCCCCAGUAGUGCAAGCCUCUGCACAUCCACAGUUCCAGAACACCAGAUACAACAACAGAAAGAGGACCACGGCACACCGGUGGCGGCCACCCCCCCCCUCCCCAUCCUCCACUGUCCCAUACUAUCAACCCAAUCCCCCCUCCAACAGUCCCCAUGGUCACUCAAUGGGAAAGAGCCACGUGCCUCUGCGGCCACCAGCUCAGGUGCAUUUGUUCUCGCUGCUGGUUGUUGUAAAGGAUUUUGCCUCCAUAGACAGAAAAGCGGAGCGGAUAACUUUUUGGAAUUCGGCCUAGGGGGUCCUCUUUGACUUUUUGCUCACUCCAGGCUUGCACUCUCUCUCUUUCUCUCUCAGUCUUUCCCUGCGGAAAGGUUGACACUUAAGAGGGUUUAUUUAUCCUGAAGAACUCAGUGCGUAGAGCCUCGCCACCGUCGCAGUGUCACUCAGGAUGCACAGCUUUAUGGGAGGGGGCCUGUUCUGCGCCAUAGUGGGGAACAUCCUGCUGGUGGUCUCAACUGCGACAGACUACUGGAUGCAGUACCGCCUGUCGGGCAGCUUCGCCCACCAGGGCCUGUGGAGGUAUUGCAUGUCGGGCAAGUGCUACAUGCAGACAGACAGCAUCGCCUACUGGAAUGCCACCCGUGCCUUCAUGAUCCUGUCGGCCAUGUCGUGCUUCGCCGGCAUCAUCGCAGGCAUUCUCUCCUUCGCCCAUUUCUCCGCCUUCGAGAGGUUCAACCGCUCCUUCGCUGCAGGGAUCAUGUUCUUUGUCUCCACACUCUUUGUUCUGCUUGCAAUGGCCAUCUACACUGGAGUGACGGUGAACUUCCUGGGGAAGCGAUUCGGUGACUGGCGCUUCUCUUGGUCCUACAUACUGGGCUGGGUGGCACUACUCAUGACCUUCUUUGCAGGAAUAUUUUACAUGUGUGCCUACAGAAUGCAUGAAUGCAGGAGAGUGGUGGGCCCACGCUAAAAGAGAGAGGAAAGCCAGUGAAAAAAAAUGGGGACAUUUUGGGCCCUCAAUUCCAACACGAUGAAAGAAUCAAGCUUACACCAAUAGACAUAUCACUGAAAUAUAGAAACUGUACUGGAAAAUUGAGAACCAAAGAUGAAUACAAAUGUUUGAUUCUGCCUGAGCAGUUUACGUGUCAUUUUAAUAAAGCUAUAACUCUCUUUAACAGUAAAA